UGGCCACGCCAGGGGGAUGGGAGGGGGCCUCUGGCGCGCGGGGCGGUGUCGCGCACGCCCCGCCCUGCCUGCCCGCACCGCCCAUUGGUCCCGACUGCAGUGACUCGCGGCGGAGCAGGAAGGAAACCGCUCCCGAGCGCGGUGGCGGCGUCGUCUCCCGGCAGUGCAGCUGCCGCUCCCGCCGCCCCUCCGCCCGUCGGCACGUCCGUCUGCCCGCAGCAUGAGCGGCCUGCGCGUCUACAGCACGUCGGUCACCGGCUCCCGUGAAAUCAAGUCCCAGCAGAGCGAGGUGACCCGCAUCCUGGAUGGGAAGCGCAUUCAAUACCAACUCGUGGACAUCUCCCAGGACAACGCCCUGCGGGAUGAGAUGCGAGCCUUGGCAGGCAACCCCAAGGCCACCCCACCCCAGAUUGUCAAUGGGGACCAGUACUGUGGGGACUAUGAGCUCUUCGUGGAGGCCGUGGAACAGAACACGCUGCAGGAGUUCCUGAAGCUGGCCUGAGUCAGGCCGGCCCCCGGUUUCCCCACUGGACUCCCGUCACGUUUUCCCCACAGCCCUCACUUGGCCAUGAAAGACCUUGUGACCAACUCCCUGCCAUCCCUAACCUUCUGACCUUGGAGUGCCUCCCCCACAGUCCAGGCCCCUUCUCCCCCUCUCUAACUGUGCCCCGUCUCCAUUCACAGGCAACAUUCCUUACCCACUAGUCUCAGAAAUUGUCUUAAACAGCAGCACCAAAUGCUGGCUGUUCCCAGCCAGGCCUUGGGACUGCCACCCUGCCUGGCACUGGCUGAUGGGCACCUCUGUUGGUUCCAUUAGCCAGAGCUCUGCCAAAGGCCCCGCAAUCCCUGCCCCCAGGAGCACCCUGGAGACAAUUAAAUGCCCAUUCCAUUGGCA